AUGCGGCAGGAGAAGAACAAACACAAAUUGGCAUUUGCCAUCGGAGAAAUAGAAGAAAGUUGCGACGUUUUCAGCGGGAGGUGGGUCCGAGACGAGGAGAACAGGCCGUUGUACGAGGAACAAGAGUGUCCGUACAUACCGCCGCAAUUAACUUGCCAAGAACACGGUCGCCCCGACAGGGAUUACCAGUACUGGAGAUGGCAGCCCCAUGGUUGCUCUCUUCCUAGAUUCAAUGCGACAUUGAUGCUGGAAAGCCUUCGAGGAAAGAGGAUGAUGUUUGUGGGAGAUUCCUUGAACAGGGGACAGUUUGUUUCCAUGGUUUGUCUUCUCCAUAGAAUCAUUACUGAGACUGCAAAAUCCAUCAAGGAGAAUGGUUCACUCACUGUUUUCACAGCCAAGAAUUAUAAUGCAACAAUUGAGUUCUACUGGGCACCAUUCCUCCUGGAAUCGAAUUCGGAUGAUGCUGUCAUACAUAGGAUAGAAGACAGAGUUGUCCGCAAAGGUUCCAUAAAUAAGCAUGGCAAACAUUGGAAAGAUGUUGAUAUAAUGGUGUUCAACACUUACCUCUGGUGGAUUACUGGUCUAGAAUUCAAAAUCUUGCAAUCAGGGACAAUUGAAGAUAAGGAGAAAGAUAUAGCAAUGGUAUCAACGGAGGAUGCUUACCGUAUGGCAAUGAAAAGCAUGCUGAGAUGGGUGAAGAAAAAUAUGGAUCCAAAGCGAACAAGAGUCUUUUUCACUAGCAUGUCCCCUUCUCAUGAAAAGGGAAUAGAUUGGGGAGGAGAUCUGGAUGAGAAUUGUUACAACCAGACGACGUUAAUAGAAGAUUCUAACUACUGGGGAUCGGAUAACCAAAAAAGCAUAAUGCAAGUGAUCGAAGAUGUGUUUCGAAAAUUGAAAGUUCCGAUCACACUUCUAAACAUCACACAACUAUCAAGUUAUAGGAGAGAUGCACACACAUCAAUAUACAAGAAGCAAUGGGUCCCUUUAACCCCAGAGCAAAUAGCGAAUCGAACCAGCUAUGCCGAUUGUGUCCAUUGGUGCAUGCCUGGCCUUCAAGAUACUUGGAAUGAACUUUUAUUUACCAAGCUUUUCUACCCUUAAUUUUUUGCUUUUUU